GCUACGGGCUCUUACCAAUCGCCUAUUGGUAACAGUAGAUUUAUGGGUCUAUCCCAACCUUCUGUAUCCCGCUGUAUCAGUGAAGUUGUGACUGCAUUAAACCUGCCCGAAAUAUUUAAUGCUUGGGUUAAGUUUCCAAAAAAUAUAAAUGAACUCAAUGAUAUCCGUAAUGGUUUCUACAGGAAUACUGGAUUUCCUGGUGUUGUUGGGUGUAUUGAUUGUACACAUGUGGCAAUCACACCCCCUUCAACAAAUUUAAAUUUAAAUGAAAAUCAACAUCCCGAAUACAUAUAUGUUAACCGUAAGGGAUAUCAUUCAAUCAAUGUCCAAUUGAUUUGUGAUUCAAAUUUAAAAAUAUUGAAUGUCAACGCUUUAUUCCCUGGCAGUACUCACGAUACACAUGUGUGGAAUAACAGUAAAGUUUUACCAAUUCUGCAAGAAUUGCAUAGACGCAAUUACAAUAAUUUUUAUUUAUUAGGCGAUUCUGGAUACGCUUUGCGUCAAUGGCUAUUAACACCUAUACCAGAUCCUAGCACUGAAGCUGAAGAAAAUUAUAAUAGAAGACAAAUGUCAACUAGGAGUAUAAUUGAACGCUGUAAUGGAGUGCUAAAAAUGCGAUUUAGGUGCUUAUUAAGAGAUAGGACACUGCAUUAUAAGCCCGAAAAAGCAUCUUCCAUUAUAAAUGCAUGUGUAGUACUGCACAAUAUGUGUAUCACAAAUAAUGUUCCUAUGCCUGAUGGUCCUAAUAUUGAAGAUCUUGAUAAUUUGGGUAUGGUGGAAGAUCAAGACAUCUUGGCUGAUUUUAACCGAAACAUAGAUUUAACACUGGGAAGACAACAGAGAAAUAGAGUAAUCAGAUAUUUAUCACAUAGAAAUGUUAUAUAACUAAUUACAUUAUAUGCAUUUUUUCAACUCUCUUAAAUCAUAAGACAACCUAACAACACAUAAAUAAGUAAUAAUUUUUAUUAUUAAAAAACAAAUUAAAAUAAAAUGUGUAACAUAUCC